AUGGUAUUAGAUACAAAUAAAAAGUUAAUAUUCACUAAUUUAUCGGUUAAAACCACCGAUGAUAGUUUAAAAACCUAUUUAUUGAAAUAUGGUGAUAUUAUUGAUUGUCUAAUUAAUAAAGAUAAUGAAGGUAAUUCAUUAUAUACAGGUUUCGUCACUUAUCAAUCAACAACAUCUGUCGAUCGUGUCAUGUUAUCUCGUCCACAUCUAAUUGAUAGUAAAAUAGUAAAGGUUCAUCGUGCAAUGCCAGAACAAGGUGAUGGUGAUUGUAGUAUUCAUUUACAAGUAUAUGAAAUUUUUAUUUCUGGUAUACGUAAGUCAGAAACAUCGGAAAUGUUCAAAACCUAUUUUUCACAUUAUGGACAUGUUGUCAAAUGUCAAUUAAUGAAUUAUCGAAAUAAUUCAAAUCGCGCAUUUGGUUUUCUCUCAUUUAAUGAUACAGAUUGUGUGGAUAAAGUUAUUCUAGAACGACCACAUGUAAUUCAAAAACGACAUUAUCAUGUUAGAAAAUCCAUACCAAAACAUUACUCUUAUAUUAUAUCAUACGUUAAACCCGUAUCAUCUUAUAAUCAAUAUUGGAAUUAUUUUGGAUAUGGAUUAAUUAAUUUAAAUGAUAGUAACAUGAAUAUCAAUGAUACACUACUUCAGCAUCAAUUACCAUAUUAUCAGAGAAUUUUAGCACCAAAACGAGCACCAAAACGAGAUCCAAAACGACAAAAUCGUCAACAAUCAACAGUUGUAAUUCCACGAAUAGAAGAGAAUAACACUAGUGAACAACAAACAUUUGAAAUUGUAAAUGUUAACAGUAGUAGUGAUGAAGAAGAAUUAAUAUCUCUCAUUGAAAACGAUGAAUCGUCUCAUUUACAAGAAAAUGAUAAACGAGAUGAAAAAACAGAGAAUAGUGAAGAUAAUAAAGCAUCAUGUGAUUUAAUGUAA